UUCUUCCGCACAUCAGUCGUUCUGCAGUAGUGAUAUCUUCCUACGCAUCCAGCCAUGGAGUCGACAUCGGCACCUAUUGCCACAUCCGCUGGAGGCAGGAGCACAGCGCCAAAGCAGACAUCUAGCCACAACAUUGCCGGACAGUCGUGGAUACCUGGUCAAAGACCGCCAAAGCACAACCACACCUGCAAGGGCGAGGGAGGAGAAGUCUGCGAAAAGGCUCACAUCAAAGCUCGAAUUAAAUUUCACGCUCUGGCAGAGAGAGGCACUGUAUUCCCUCCUGAUGAUGGCCAGUUCAACCAGCGCCAAAAAUUCACUCUGAAACAGGUGCACAACAGAAGCAUUCUACUGUACGUCGUGCUUGAAGAUGACAUGGCAGUGCACCAUACAGUCAAGUCCAGAGCAGCAUAUUCAACAAUCGCUGAGGUCUGGCACGAGGCACAUCCCACCUUGAUGCUCAAGAAUAGGUGGUUCUUUCAUCCCUGUCAAUAUCGCGCUUCGCGUUAUCCACAUCAUGAUCCAGAGAAUCACCUCGACGACCUCGUAGAAGACCACAUCAGCCUUUGCAACUGGUUCCAAUCUGAUGAAUGUCGCGUUUGGCAAGAGAACAGUUGGCGUAGAUUUGGGUUCCAACCUCGUCUGGAUGACAUACUCAUGCCGACCGUACGGGCCAUACUGAUGCUCUACUGGCCACACAUCAUUCAAGAAGAAGACGGCCACGGACUGGCAGCGCUGGUCCUUACUGGCGAUGAUGCUCAUCUCUUGUCAGGGCCAACCUCUUUCGCAAGCAUUUCGAACCAGAAGAUCCCUGGAUAUAUGGGAAGCGAGCAGAUCGCGUACACUUCACUCUCUACUGCGGUAAAAUUUCUCUCUGACCUCGACCGAAGGGAAAUUUCUGCAGAUCCCACACUUCGGGCCCGAAUCGCUCUACGCGCAGAAAAGUGCCGCCGAGAGAAUAUUGAUUUGCCAGAACAGCACGCAUUGCCAGAGCCUGAACCAGAAGUGGAACCUGGACCCCCUCAAAUACAUCUUCCAGAAGCACAAGCGGAUCUUGUGGAGCCACUCUCGAACCAGGAAACCGCAGCUCUGGGCGCUCGAGCACGAUUGUAGCUUGGCGUCUGAUUUGCCUCAAAUGUCGGGCGAGAAUCGAAGACCUUCUUCGACUGCAAGACCAUGGACUCGUGUAUUUUCAGUCGAGCAAAAAGGCUUGCACAUGGAGGAUCGACAACGCUGGGAUUCUACAGGCGAAUGCUGCAUUCACCUACUUCUCUGCACGUAAUCGGGGCCCCGAGCCAGGAGUUUGCUCCGAGCACGCCCCAGGAUCCUGGUCAGGAGCAAGACUUGCCACUUCCACACGUGGGUACCACAUGUGAAAGAUCUAGAUCGUGCAGUACAAAGCCUCAUUGGCUCAUUUUCAUCGUUCGAUGACGAGAUUCGUGUCCCGUCUGCCGUGUGGCAAUCUUCGGGCUUUGGUUGAGGGGAGCCAGCAGCUUGCCGAUACUCGCCUAAAAAUCCGACAUCCAAUCGGUAGGAAUGAUCUGUAACACUCGACGCGCACUUUAUAUUGGGCAUUCGGUC